AUGCCCUCUACUUGCCAUCUUCCUAGCCAUCCGGCUACAUGGACUCUUGAACAGCCGACUUCCUCUCCCCAAGCUAGAGUCACACUGAAUACUUGGGAGUACCAAGGCGAGUCCAAGUCCGGAUUUACCUGCGACUACCAGCCUGAGUCUAAAGAUGCUGGAUAUAAGCCUGUAUUCCAGUUUAAGCCUGUCUGUGAGUACCAGGCUUCAGACUUUAAGCUCCCUGAGGUCAAGCCUGCCUGCGACUUUAAGGCUACCGAUUUCUUUUCCUCGGAAUUUACUGUUCCUCAGCUCAACUCUUCUGGUUUACAGCAAUUGUCUGAGACGGCUGUGAAGAGUGCUCUGAGCAUGGCUGAGAACUAUAUUGCUCCAGUCGCUGCUCCGGAUGCUGCUGUGACUCGCUCAAUCUUUAAGAUCGAGGCACGAUUCGAGAACAAGAUAAAUGGCCUCUCCAUCUGGAAGACAGGAACUGGUCUUCUUUUGAGCCCUGAUCUGGUCGUCGCUGGUGGCGAGGUUGUGUAUGAUGCUGAGUAUCAGCUUGGUACUGCCACGCAGCCUCGAUAUGGACAGCGCGUUAUGUUCUCUGCUGAAUGGAGCGAGGGUUAUAAGAGACACUCGCGUGACAUCGCUUUCAUCCAGGUUGCGCAGCCUCCUGCUAUUGUCGCUGCAAGCCAGGAAUGGGUCCCAGAUGGUGAAGCGUACUACUGCCCCGGCUGUGACCCAUUACUGCAAUUGCACCGGCCAUCAAGAGCCUCUCCCGAGCCUGUUCCCGGGCCUAUCACUGAGCCCAUCGCUGAGCCUACCGUUGAACCUGUCCCUGAGCCCGUCGCUAUUCUCGAGCCAGAAGUCGCCGAGCCUGAGAUCCCUGUCACUGUCGACGAAACACCUGAAACCCAAGUCGCGGAGGAACCCGCAGACGCAACUCAUCCUUUUUACGAAACUAUGAAGAUCUUUCACCAGAUUGACAAUAAGACCCUCGACAUUGAGUCUUCCCUCAUCGGUGAUAUCGGCCACUUCGUUAGUGUCGCUGCUGGCUCUCUCGUCAGCUACGUCGUCGGCGCAGAGACCAUCUCCAGGGGUGCAGCAACCGAGCUCGCUGGUGUUCCUGAGCGCGCUCUUCUCGCCGAGGCUUCCCUCCAACCUGUCCUUGCUAUUGAGCAAUCCGAUGAGCUAGACGAGGUCAUCGCCAGCAUGAAGCAAAACUGGACCGCCAAUGCUGACUCAGUGGAUCAAAUUUCUUAUCUUCUUGCACCUUAUCUUUCCGAAGCAGCCAAGUACAUUGUUGAGUACCAUGAAGAGAAUGACAAGACUGAAGUCUCUCCCAAGCCGCUUCACCACCGCAACCUCGGUAUUCGACAGUUCCCGAUCAACGAGAGCACUGAGGCAUUCGUCGAGGGUCUGUUUGAGCCAACUCUCCCUCUGUCCGGUCGUGGAAAUGACAUUUCUUCUCUUGGUCCUGUUCUCCGAAGUGCUGUUUCUGCCACUCAGCAAAUUGUUUGUCAGGUCGGAAAGAGUACUAUUGAGAGUCAAGUUCCUAAACUCCUCUUCAAGUAUCAGGGUUCUGAUGCAUCCGCUGUCGAUGUUCAAGCUACUCGCGUUCUCGUCCAGCGAGCUAUCAUGGCAGAUGCCGACAUUUUCCCACACACAUACAUAUCUCUUGACAUUGGCAGUUCUCGACCAGGACGAAUCCAACAAUCCGGAGAUGUCCCAUGCGUUGAAUCCCUGAUAUGUGGCCCUAUCAUCGAGGAGAUGACAGGAGUCAAUUAA